UCGACCAAAAACUAAGAGAACACGUGGACAGCCAGAACUUGCAAGUUGUUCCUAUCAAUCGCCUCGAGCUAGGUCCUUAGAAGUGAGACCACAAGUUAGAAAGAAUUUGAAUGCUGGUUGUCCAAAGAGUCUGUCUGUCACACAGAUGAUAAAUCUGGGCAAAGUCGUGCGACAAGAGACGACCAUUGCAGACGUUUACAAGUUUAAUUUAGAAAAUAUGGCAUGGUCUUCAGUCGCAGAAAGAGUGGAGCUGAUUAUUGAAAAGAAGCCCUUUGCAGAGGGAGGGUUCCGUGAAGUGUAUAAAGCAAAAAGUCCAACAGCAUGUUACAGCGAACGUCUCUGGGUGGUUAAGAAGUACUUACCAAAAACACUGGAGUCAAUCAAUCAACUGGGGCAAACGAUUGAAGAUCACACCAAAAAGGCAGUCCAAAUGCAGUCUUUGGCAAAGAACAUAGCUCACUCCAUGUAUGCAAAGGUAUGGAGUAGAGGAUUGUGGGGUGUUAUUUCUGCUGUUAUUUCUGUGGGUGUUAUUUCAUUUUUACAGUACCUCAGCUUUUUAUGUCCAUUUGUUUGUUUGUAAGCACAAUAUCUCUAGAAAUAAACAGUUUUUACCAACUGUUUGUGCAAAGAAUACCGUAUUCUCUCUACUAAUCCCCGGGGGCUUUCUCUUAGACCCUUUUAAGGAGGGGCUUAUUUGAGAGGGGGAGGCUUAUUUAUUUUUUGGUAAAAUUAUGAUAAUUUUCUUCCAGCACAAAGCAAUGUUCAACUAUAUAUUUUCAACUUUUCAACCAUAUAUACAUUUUAGGAUGUUUGUGACAUGUAUUACCGGUACCAUAUUCUCUCUACUUAGCCCCCCUCUCAAAUAAGCCCCCCUCUCCAAUAAGCCCCCCUUUUGAGUGGAAAAAUGAAAUAAGCCCCCCCCCCCACUCUAAUAAGCACCCCCUAUAUACUGAUCUGUACCCCGAUAUAUACUGAUCUGUACCCCGAUAUAUACUGAUCUGUGUAAUGAUUUUGAGUUUAUGACAGUUCAAAGAGAUAAUAUCCAUUGCUGAUUUUAUGGAAAAUUAAAUAAGCCCCCACUCUCAAUUAAGCCCCCCUCUCCAAAAAGCCCCCCUCUAAAGGUCCUGAAUUGAAUAAGCUCCCCCCCACCGUGGGGUUAAAUAGAGAGAAUACGGUAAGCAUCAUCUUAUUCUUCCAAAAAUGAAAGCAAGUUUGUAGAAAUCUGUUUCAUGAGAAAGUACAUGUUUUUUCUAUUAAAGGGGUGGGCUUAAUAGAGAGGGGGGGCUUAAUAAAUAUCUUUGCCUAAAAAUGGGGUAUAUUAAAGGGGAGAUUAUAUAAUGGGGGGGGGGGGGUUAUAUACUGGGUGGCAGGGCUAUACAGGGCGAAUAUGGUACUGGUGCCAUGGUCAAUCAAUUAAAGACCAUUAUUUUUCUAUUCUAAUAUGAAUUGGAUAAAAUCCUGGGUUGAAUAAAGGCUAAGUUCUGUCUUUGCAAGGCCUUUUUGGGACUGGACAAGGUUAUAAUUAUUAUUAUUAAGGUGAAGGAAUUAUGUCAACAUCAGUUUGGGAAAUGCUUUGUAUAUACAGAUAGCUACAUGGCCAAGCUAGAAGGUGGUGAGUAUGUCACCAUCGAAGAAUUUAUUGACGGUGACUUCACAAAGUAUCUCAACAAUACUGGGUUAGUCUGUGGAAACCGAUCAACUGAUGAAUGCAAGAAAGCUGAAUGUUUGGCCCACUAUUCAUAUGAAAAAUCUUCAGGGAAAUUAAUGCUUCUGGACAUCCAAGGUAGUAUGUACACUUUGUUUGAUCCAGAGAUUGCAUCUGCCACCUUACUGAUAGACGCAGAAUACUUGUUUGGUGUUGGAAAUCUAACAUCUGAAGCCAUUACUGCAUUCAUUGAAAACCAUGAAUGCAAUAGAUUCUGUGGUCUUCUUCAGUUGAAACCUUUUGCAGAGCUUUCUUCAAGGGAUGAUGAAAACUAACUGUGAAAAAUUAUGGAGACAUAUAUGAGAUAGUCACAUAUGUACAAUGCAAAACAAUGGUGUUUGUUUUAUAAUGAUUUUGGUAGUUCAUGUUAUGUUAAGUGAGCAAAAUAUAUGCUUACAAAAAUGGUUACAAGGAAGCUCCAUCACCAAGAGACAUAUAAAAUUUAUACACAAUAUGAUAGAACAGUUAAAGUUUGGUAAACUAAUAAACACACUGAUCAUUCACAACAGGUUAUUCUGAACUAUAGUCUAAAUUUCAUAUUUAAAGCACAAAAACUCUGUGCAAAAUGAAAGUGCUUCUUGAAAUUAUCAAUGCUGUUAAUGUUAAUGUUAUUUUUACUGAAUGUAUUACAUGCAGUUACAUUCCAUUCUGCAAUAUGCCAUUCACAAGAUAUGCUUCUUAUGCAUUUACCUGCAUGUAGUGGGUGCCCUUGUAGAAUAAGCAAUAUAUUUUAGUACAGUUGAUCAAUCCAUGGGCAGACUUACAUGCGUGCAACAAUCUAUUAGAUAGAAUUCACUCCUUCUUUUAAAUAUAAAAAUGCAUCAACACAAUCCUUUGGUUGAACAUCAACUGGGUUGGGGAUCUGGCUUUGAUGUCGUCAGGUAUAUACUUUUCUUCAUAGUCCAACAAUUCAGACUGAAUAGUAGCCUCCUUUAACUGCUCAACUGUGACAGGCCAUGCUGGAACACAAAAUACAAUUAUAAAUUACUAUCACCAGGAGAGUAAUUGAUUUAGCUUAGGUACAGUACCUGCUAAAAAACUUAUAAAGGCUUUGGGAGAAGUCGAGACAAACUAAUAUUCAAUUAAGGCAAUGAGUCAACUUGUACGUAAUUGAUGUGUAAACACAUAAAUGCAAUAGAACCUAUUUUAAGAAAUGCUUACAGCAAUCCUUCAGUCCAUAUUCUUCAGGGAACUGAUAAAUAUGGUUGGGAACACCAUCUGGUAAAUAUGUGUCUUUUUGCUUUCUAAUUCGAUGACUGUUCCAUAUUGUCUCCUUGAAAUCAUCCAGUUCUUUUUGUAGGAUAGGAAUAAAAAGAAGAAUUUGCAUAUCGAUUUCAAAGCCUUAUUUCGAUAACCCAUAUAAUUAUGCAUUACAAAGACGUUCUCUGGUGCCUCUUAACAGAAUUAAACUACCUCCUAUUCCCCUACUUCCCACGAUUACUUUGUUAAAUUCUCGAUCGCUUUUGCCAAAGAUCGACGAGCUUUCUAUUCUACUGCCGCAGAAACGAUCGGACAUAGCCGUUAUCACCGAGACAUGGCUAAGACCUGACAUAAGCAGCGAGCUUUUGUCUAUCGAUGGAUAUAAUUUGCAUCGAGCGGACAGACGUGUGGGUCGUGGUGGCGGGGUAUGUGUUUUCACUUCUAUUGAUAUCCCGUGUAAACGUCGUGUUGAUUUAGAAAGUCUUGAUUUCGAAUGUCUAUGGCUAUGGCUUCGCCCCUAUCGAUUGCCUAGACCACUUUCUGGCAUUGCUCUUUGUGCCGUCUACAACGCUCCUGGCAAACCUAUCGAAGAGCAAAAUAACUUGUGUGAUCACAUAGUCAAGACAUCAGACUUUGUACGUAACCAAUAUCCUGACUGCGCGCUUAUUAUUCUCGGUGACUUUAACCAAUUAGAUGUCUCGCAGAUCACCUCGAACCUCGACUUGAUUCAGGUUGUAGAUAACCCAACCCGGGGAGUUAAUACAUUAGAUCUAAUCAUUUGUAACACCUGCAAUUUCUACGAGAAUCCUGCCAUACUUGCCCCCCUAGGCACAUCGGAUCACAACAUCGUACAUUGGACCCCUAAAGCUAGAUAUCUGAAUAACGACACUGGGUCUUUACCCAAACGCUAUUCCCGUCGUUUUCUACGGUCAAGGCUUGACGCUUUUGGACGGUGGAUCUGUGGCGUUAAUUGGUUUGCUGAUGUUGUCCAGCUUUCAGCCGAUAAUCUAACCGAUUCUCUGACAUCUACCCUUACUACCGCUAUUGACAUUUUCUUUCCCCUAAAGUCCACCAAGUUACACACAACCGAUAAACCAUGGAUCUCACACGCCAUCAAGUCUUUAAUCCAGAAACGACAGAACGCAUUCAAUAAUAAUGACCCAGUCCUAUGGAGGCACUAUAAAAAUAAAGUUAAGAAAGAAAUUUCCAAACGCAAGAAAGCUUUUUACGAAGAUAAGGUUAAGCACCUUAAGAAUGAAGAUUGUAGGAAAUGGUGGAGAUUUGUGAAUAGCUUAUCAGGAAGACGAAAUAAGUCGCAACCUUUCACAAUCGAGAAGGACGGGUUAGCUUUAACCGACUUCGAGCUUGCUGAACAUUUAAACACGUUUUUUCUAUCUGUUAACGAAGACAUCUCCCCUUUGGACAUAAACAGUAUACCUGCUUUCCUCCCAGCGGAAGAACCCCUUCCAAAGAUUUCUGAGAUUGAAGUCUACAGCAAAUUGGCCAAGAUUAACCCCUACAAAGCAAGUGGCCCUGAUCACAUCCCCGCACGUAUUCUAAAGGAAUUUUCUUUCGAGCUCUCGAAACCAGUUGCACGGGUUUUUAACGUUUCUCUUUCCGAAGGAGUCACCCCAACUGCUUGGAAAAAGUCUGAGAUAAUACCUAUAACAAAAGUUCAGCCUGUUUCUGAUGAAGGUGACCUUAGACCUAUAUCCUUGACUCCCUGUCUCUCCAAAGUAUUGGAAGACUUUGUGGUAAAUUGGAUCAUUUCGGACUUAGGUCAUAAAAUCGACCCCCAGCAAUUUGGCUGUUUAAAAGGCACUUCCAUUACUUAUUGCCUUCUCGAUAUCCUUCAUAACUGGCUAAAUCACCUCGAUAACCCUGGAAAAUACAUCCGCGUUUGCUUCCUUGACUUUUGUAAAGCAUUCGAUCGGAUCGACCACAACAUCGUCAUUUCGAAACUUAUCAACCUCGGCGUACGAAGAGCCUUGAUCCCGUGGAUCUGUAGCUUUUUGUCUGGUCGGAUGCAGUCUGUAAAAGUUAAUCAAUUUACCUCUAACUGGGCUCCUGUUACUGCCGGUGUCCCGCAGGGUACCAAGCUUGGCCCUAUCCUAUUCCUCGUAAUGAUCAACGACCUUGCCAGCCAUUCUCCGUUGAGGUCUAGUAAUUGGAUGUUUGUUGAUGACGUUACCAUCUCCCAAGCCAUCCAUCGUAACUCCCCCCCUGGAAUACAACAAGAUCUCCACUCUAUUAAUGCCUGGUCGAUGAGUAAUAACAUGAAAUUACACCCUAAAAAGUGCAAGGACUUUACCAUCUCUUUUCUUCGCAACCCCCCGCAAGAACUGUCUUCUACAUUGUCGAUCAACUCCCAACCUUUAGAGAAGGUCACCUGUUUUAAACUGCUAGGAGUCACCUUACAAAACGAUCUAAAAUGGAACGCCCAUGUUGACUCUAUCACGUCCAAAGCUUCAAAGAGACUUCAUAUUUUGCGAGUUUUGCGUAACUCCGGUGUGUCUGCCAACGACCUCCUGACUAUCUACAUUUCGAUUAUCAGAUCUGUGCUAGAAUACUGCUGUGCAGCCUGGAAUACAUCUAUCCCCUCCUACCUUUCCGACAAAAUCGAGAGGGUUCAACGUCGUGCUCUACGGAUUUUAUAUCCAAACAUGUCCUAUUCAACCGCGCUUGCUACCUCCUCUCUUCCCCGUCUAUCCGAUCGUCGUGAUACUCUUUGUAAGAAGGUUUUGGAUAAAAUAACAAUACCAUCAUCACGCCUUAACCGCAUUUUACCUCCGACCCGGAUUGAGUCGCAUGGCAGAGAACUGCGCCACUCUAGUAAUCUUAGCCUAUUUAAGUGUAGGACGGACAGAUUUAAGAACAGUUUCUUCCCAGCUAUGUGCUCACGUACUAUGAACAAGUCAUGACCGUUGUCAAUUAGGUUUACAAUCUAAAUUUCCAUUUUUAUAUAACUCCAAUUCCUAGUUUUAAAAAGUAACAGUAGUCUUCAUAAUUUUAUGCUUGUAAAAAUACUAUAAUUCACUAUUACUUGUAUUAGUGCGAUUGUAUUUUAAAUAUACCGUCUAUUAUUAUUAUUAUUAUUAUUACAUAUGCCCCCCCCUUAUUUUUUCCUCCCCUCCUCCCUUCCAUAAUUAAUGACCGGUCCCUUAUUGUUAAAAUCGAGGAUGUCGUUAAAAUUAAACCUGUAAGAUCUUCGGGAACAUUUUAUAUUAUGUCGUGUUUUACCAAAUAAUGUCCUUGCCCUUGCACGGUUCCCAUUUGUAAAAAACUGCUGUAAAUCAUAUCCCCCUUUAAUUAAUUUGAUCUCAUCCGUGAGUCGGCCUCGAAGGCCUUUGAUCUUGUUUGGGAGAACUUUUGAAAAUGUAUAUUAACUUCUGUUACCUAUUUUUCAUAUCUUGCUUAUUUUUUAAAAUAUUUUCAUUUGAAGUAAUGAGACGUCCACCAUCUUUGAUAAAUUUCUAAUCUCAACGGUAGUUUUGGUAUAUGUCACAACAGGAAUUAACCAUAUAAAAGUGUUUGUUGCUGACGAAAUAUUGAUUGGUAUAGAUGCAUGUCAAAGUUAUCUUGACAUUUUGAAAGGCAUACAGAGCUCUAGAGUAUAGUUUUGAGAUAGUGCAAAAUGAUUACUGGUUGUCUACUGUAGAUAGAAAUGCUGUGAUGCAACAUGCAUGUCUACAAGGGGGGGUGGGGGGUGGGGGUGGGGGGGGGACAUUCAGAUUUACAGUAUGGUAUACCUUACAAACUUGCAGUACAUGCCAGUAUUUGCAAUUUUGGGCCCAAAAACUGUGGUUAUUGACAAUGCCCCCCUCUACAAAAAUUGAAGAUGGCAGACAUUUCAUUCCUUUCGAUCAAAAUAUUUGUAGAAGUACGCAAGAUAUGAAACAACAGUAAAAGAAUUUUAUAUAUAGUCUUGAAAGUUCUUUCAAAUACAUUAUAUAUAAAUAAAUAUAAUCUUCAAAGUUCUUUCAAAUGAAAAAAUAAAAAAAUAUAUUGCCAGUUCCCUUUAAGUUUUAAGUGACAUAUUGCAUGUAUUGGUCUCAACAAAUAAAAAUUUUAAUUUUGUUUUUACAGGCAUGAAAAGAAAGAGCAUCCAGAAUUUAUAUACACUGUAAUACCAGAUACUGAUGAAAAUAAUGAAAAGAGGGAAGAUGCUGUAUGGAAUUAUCACAUGUCCCGUCUUCAAAUUGGGUUAUAUUUUUUAAAUUUGGAAGAUGCCAUCAAACAUGGUGAUGGUUAUAGGCUUCUUCGUUGCUUUAAGUUCGCAUUGUUAUUUGAAUACAAACAUCGCCAUACAAAAUAUGCAUACCUAUUGCUCCAUUUCUUUGUCAAAUUCUAUGCAGUUUUAUCCCAAGAUGAGGCACUUCGUUUACUCAAUAAUCGAUUCAUCAAUUAUGUUGGAGGAAUUGGCAACAAUGUUCCCCUUGAUCUGCAUAUGGAGCACCUCAAUCUAAUGCUAAAGCAAUUGACAAGAAACAGUGGAGGACACUUGACAGAACGAACAAUUCAAAGAAAUGCCCGGUCAUUGUAUACCAUUAGCACAAUUAUGAAAACAGUACAUGAAGAUUGCAGACAAAAACAGCCAAGUGGUCACCAUGGUGGAGAAGAUCCAAAAUCCUCUGUUGAAAUAAUUGUUAAGGAUCUCAUCGCAGGGAAAGUAUUUCAGCAUAAACCUGGAAGGAAAGGAUACAAUUCUUUUCAAAACUUUAAGAAAGAUGUUAUUGGCAGUGACUAUCGUGACUUUUUUUGCUUGGGCAAGAAAUACAAUAAAACAUUGGGAAGGAAUUUAUGAGUCACCACAACAUAAAAGGCACUAAGUGUCAUACAUCGUAAUACCUUCAUUAACAGGGUCAUUCCAAAAUUGAUCCAAUUUACAUUCACAGUCUGGAAAUAGGAAGUUACAACCCCAUUUGACAGCCUCUUCAGUUGGCAUCUCUAAUGGCAUUUAUCAAUGUUACAGCCUGAGUGUACAAUAUUUAAACCAAGCCCAAUUAUAAACCAUUGAUAAGAGAUGCCUGCAUAAGAGCCUACCAAUUUAACUUUUUGAGAAAUAAUUCCCUCCUGAUCUAGACAACUGAACAAGAAUGUCUGGCUUAGCUGUUCUUGUAGUAUGGAGUAAUAUGGUAAUAUACAGUAGGAAAAAUAAGUCACCCUCAUUGGUUUAAUGUAGUAAAAAAGUAAAACAGUUGAGUAUUCCCACUUUCAAUACAAAAUAUAAAUUUAUUUGAACAUAUUAAUAGAUUUUUUACCUCCCUAUCUACAUCAAAUCAAAGGGGGGGGAGUGUUUUUUCCCACCCUACAUAUACAAAAACACAUACAUUAUAACCAUUCUUCUGAUAAAUGGAAUGUUUCAUCCAGGGAAGUUCCACUUAAUUCAUCGUCAACCAAUGGCCCAUUCUGCUUUAGAUUUCCAAUUAAUUGAUUCAUUAAGGACUCUGUCUCCAGUGAUGUACUGUAUAUUUCAUCAGGAAUUUCAAUGUCACUAAACAUUUCUCCCAUAACCUCAAGAAUCAUUAUCAGAAGCUUUAUCAAUGAAAAUGGACAGUAUUUCCAUAAGUCAGUAAUCCCAGAUAUGUUGUUUGCAUUAUCUACUAUUGUUUGGAUUGUGUAAGUAUCUAGACCAAACAAAUGUGAACCAUCACAGUUCAGUACAGCCACAGGUGAUUGUGAUCUUAAACUGCCUUGUAAUUCUUCCAGUGCAUUUUUUAAACAUUUUUUGUCAUCCUCUGACAAAGUACGAAUAGGUGUUACCUGAAUGUCCUCUUCAAUUGAUGCGUUGUCAAACUUAAACAAUGGCACAUUGCACAUGUCUCCAUGACAUUUGCAAAUCAUAUGACAAGUAUUGCAGCAUGCAUGCAAAGGCACAUUAGGUUGAAUAUCUUUAUCAAAAUGAGAUAAUAGGGCUUGCCGCACACAUGACUUCUCACCAGAUUUGAUAGCAUGUUUUACUUGCUUCUCACAGUUUCGUAUGUGCUUUCGAAGAUACAUUAUAAUAUUAAAAGCUUCUGAACCAUCACGGCCAGCCCUUCCAGCUUCUUGUAACUGACUACUUAAUGACUUAGAUGGUCCAAAGUGAAUAACAUAUUUCACAUUAGGAAAGUCAACACCCAUACUUAGUGAGGAUGAAGCAAUUGCAACUCGUGUACAUCCAUCUCCUUCAAAUGAUGUAGUAACAGUGUCUUUGAGACUCUGUGGAGUUUGAGAGUAAUACACACCUACCAAAGAAGACUGUUGUUCAGGUGUGUUCCCUCUGACAUAAAAAUUUGAACUGCCAAGUUGCAUUAGAAGGUAACUCAUAAUGAAAACAAUGUCAUUGACAACCUGGCAAAAAAUUAGCGUAAAUGGUGUGUGUUCUUUCUUGUCUCUAAUCAUUUCUACCAACCAAUUUAAACAGUUUAAAUGUUUGUCAGCCUUAAUAAUAGUAAAACGAAUGUUGUUCUUGUUGGGACUAACAAUUAUUCUAAAGUGCUCUCCUGGAAAGCCAAUAAAUUUUGCCAGCCUUUUCCUCAUGUCUUCACCAGCAGUUGCUGUGAGAGCAAGAGCUGGUGUCCCCCCAGGCAAAAAGGACCUAAGCUCAGACACUCUGCUAAAUGCCUCUCUGAAUGCUGCUUGACCUUUUCGACUUGUUCCCCUAGUAAAAGACAAGAAGGUG